AAGGGAGUAUCAGUUACCUGCGCCAGAGUGUUUAUGUCUGUGUGUUUCCGCGGGGUGUUGUUUAUCCACCGCGCGCUGCGGCAUCUCAAAUCCAGCCGAUCGAGCGCGUCCAGGCGGGGAGACAGGCAUGGAUGAGGAGGCUCAGGACAGCGAGUGCCCCGUCUGCUACGAGAGUCUCUCGGACAGCGACAGGACGCUCAGCUGCGGGCAUCACUUCUGCCAUGACUGCUUAGUCCGAACACUGGUGAACACCAGCCUGAACGGGACUAAUAAACGGGACAACAUCAUCUGCCCUGUCUGCAGACACCUGACAUUCAUCAAAAAGCAGCACGAAUUUCCAGUUUCAAUCACAGAAUCCAAAAGGAUUGGAAAGACAUUGGAAGUGCCAUCAGUACCACCUCCUGAAUUCCCCAGGAACACUGUUGGGUCCCAUACCGGAGGUCUGGAAUGUAUCUGCAGGUGUCUAAGGAGGAUUUCUUGUAGACUGUGCAGACGACAACUGGUCUGUCCUAAAGACGCCUCAGAGGUGUUUAUCAUAAGUGAAUUCGGACGACCCAUGGCAGAAGGGGACGUUAUCGACAUCGCGACGACUUCAGGGACACAGCAGGACUACAGCAGCAAUGGACAGAGGUUUUGCACCAUCUCCUGCUGGCUUCUCGUCUUAAUGAUCUCUUUCACAUUACUGGCACUGGUGGCUGCCACUCUUCCAUGGGUUUUGUUGGCGUGAAGAGUCCAGAACUGCCCAUCUGGGACCGAUUUAAAAGGAUUGAUAACCCAAAAAUGAAAAAUAUGUCAUUAUUUCAUGUUCAUGAGUUUUUUCUUUUGUUCAAAACAAAAGGAGAUAUUUUGAAAAAUGUUGGUUGGCUUCCAAAGUAUUUUUUGUUUUACUAUUGAAAUCGAUAGGUGCCAGCAAGCAGAAUUUGUUAAAAGAUCUUCUUUUGUGUUCAACUGAGGAAAGAAACUCAAAUAGGUUUAAAACUGAGAGUAUAUGAUGAGGUAAUGGACAUUUUUAGGCGAACUAUCCCUUUAAAAGUACAGUAGUAUAUAUAUUAACGCAUACUUUCUCAUGUGUCACUGGAAAAAGAAAUGUAUCGACUGGUUUCGCAAGUCACAAUGAAUGUUUUAUGAAGAACAGGCAGUUAUUUUGCGAGAUCAGUUCCGAGGCUUGUUCUGGCAUGUCUUUGGGGAGGGGGAGACUUGUGGAAGUUAUAAAACAAACACAAAUGCAUAGCUUCACUGUAUGAAUGGAGAGAUCUUGAGAUUGACACUUGCAGUUACUGUGAGGAAACAGAGCCGUUUAAACUUGGAGAAGCAAAGAUGAGACCGUCUGGUGUCACUCGAUCUUGGAGAAACCCUGUGGGAUUGGAUUACAUAUGCCAUGGACACUGACGUUUGAGAAUGGAGAAAGGGAAGGGUGUCAUGAGGCUUCACUUUGGUUUUUUGUUUUCUUCAGCUCGCAUUGCCUGGAAGGAUCAAUACACACCCUCGCUCGUCCAGAAAUUCUUGUCACACAGGCUAGCAAGCUAGUUUCAGCCCAGAAAUGAUUAAUACCUCACAUUCUGCACAAGUUAACACUGAUGACUCGAUUGGAGGGUGCUUCUGUGACGUAGGCGUGGAGGAAUGCUUAGGAAUAGUUUGUUUUAGGGAAAGUCCACCAAAUUGACUGGAGUUUUAUUGCUCUGUGUGAUGAUUAGUGGAUCUCUCGGGUUUAAUUGUGAGGUUGUCUCAGACAUUUUCUUUGGUCAUAAAGUUUAUCAGGAGAAAUGUUA